CUUUCCACACAGGAAACGCAACGACAGCUGUCUAAUCUGGCAUAUUAACAUACACAAAGCACAUAAGAUUCACAUUGAAAUGGAUAGGAGCGAGGAUGAGAUGGAAGAGGAUGAAACCGAAUGGAAGAACAGUUUCGUGGAUUCAGUCCCUCUCUGCACCGCUACUGCUUCUGUUUCAGGUUCAAGUCUGAAGAAAGUGUCAGGACCAAAACCUGCACACAGAGUGAUCCUGCACUUUGACCUGGACUGCUUCUAUGCUCAGGUGGAAAUGAUCAGAAAUCCGGCGCUGAGAGAAGUCCCUUUAGGUAUUCAGCAGAAAAACAUCAUUGUCACCUGUAAUUAUGUGGCAAGGGAGCUGGGUGUCACCAAGCUGAUGUCUCUUACUCAUGCUAAGGAGAAAUGUCCUCAGCUGGUGCUGGUGAAUGGAGAAGACCUGACACACUACAGAGAAAUGUCCUAUAAAGUGACAGAGCUGCUGAUGUCCUACAGUCCGCUGGUAGAGAGGCUUGGAUUUGAUGAAAACUUCAUGGACAUCACAAAGAUGGUAGAAACAAGACUGGCAGAGACACCAGAAUCUAACAGCUUUUCAUUUAAAGGACAUGUCUACAACCAUCUCAGUGCAGUUGUUGGAGCUAGUGAUCAUCCAAGGUUGGCUUUAGGUUCACAUAUUGCAGCAGAGCUGAGAGAAGCCAUCCACAGCAAACUGGGUCUGACUGGCUGUGCUGGCAUUGCCACGAACAAGCUACUGGCCAAACUGGUGUCAGGCACCUUCAAACCCAAUCAGCAAACCUCCCUGCUGCCAGAGAACAUCGCUGACAUCAUGGACUCCCUGAACUGUCUCCGCCAAGUGCCUGGGGUCGGUCAUCAAACUGCUAAGAGACUUCAAGCCCUGGGAUUGGUCAGUGUGAAAGACUUACAGCUCUUCCCACUGACUGACUUGGUGAGAGAGUUUGGAGGACCUAGUGCUCAGCGCUUCAAGAAUCUGGCCCUUGGUGUUGAUGACUCACCUGUCACCCCUACUGGGGCACCUCAGUCUCUGAGUGAUGAAGACUCCUUCAAGAAAAUAUCAUCAACUAAAGACGUUUUGGAAAAGAUCCAAGAGCUCCUGAGCAGUCUGGUGGAGAGGAUGCACAAAGACGGCAGGCAGCCACACACCUUCCGGCUUACCAUCCGCAGAUGCUCAGCGACCAACAAGUGGUUCAGUCGGGAGAGCCGGCAGUCCCCGAUCCCCAACCACACAGGACAGAAGAUCACCUCCGGCAGCAGUGAUGAAGCUGUGGCCCAGCUGGUCCCGUUGGCCAUGAAGCUCUUCCACAAGAUGGUAGACAGCAGCGCCGCCUUUCACCUCACCCUCAUUAACGUUUGCUUCAGUAACCUGCAGACCAGGGGAGCAGCUGCCACCAGCGGAAAGGGCUCCAUAACAUCUUUCUUCACACAGCAAAGAACGUCUCCCAGAAAAACACAGAUCUGCCCAACACAGAGCCAGGAUGAUUCCUCUCAGAAAGGGGAUAUUCACUGCAUGGAUCAUCAGUUCAGCCCACACAGCGUGAUUACUCGACGUACCUCACAAAAGACAGUAACCACAAAAAGCCCAUGUUGCUCUGAGGCAGCAUUACAUGGGUUUAAAAGAGAACAAAGCCUUGCUGUUGCUGUAGAAGACCCUCCGCUUCAGACAGUAUCAUGCAACACAGUGAGGUCAGACUUUGAUGAAAAAGAUGACACAAUGACAAAUCGAUUGCCCCCAAAUGUUGACCCUGAAGUGUUCAGGCUUCUCCCUGAGGAAAUCCAGAAGGAGCUGUUAUCUCCUGCGUACACAAACUCUGUCCCCAGCACUUCGAGCUCAGUCACAGUCACUGAUGCCCCCCACAUAACAAAAAACAAGACUCCACAGUCAUUUACAGACUCUCAAAAUAUCAAAGCCAUAAAAGAGGCUUCGAAUAAAUUGGAUUCAUUGGACAGGCUGGUCACCGUGAAUCACCAGAGUCCUGAGGGCACAAGUGCGUUUCCAGGAGAAAAUGUCAUGGGAGAAGGGAGACUGUCAUUCCCCUGGUCUUCUGACUGUGAGUUCCCAGGAAACGUUGACCCAAAGGUGUUUUCUGAGCUUCCGCUGGAUGUUCAGAGAGAGUUGAUGUCUGAAUGGAAGCAACAGAAGCCGGUCCUGAAGACCACCUCGUCCAGGAAACCAGGGAGGAGCUUGAUGACCAAAGACAGAAAAGCUGCAGGAAAAGGCAGUCAGGCAAACAAUUUGUUGAAGUAUUUCAAACCCAGUUAGAGAGGGACAAGUGAUUUCUCUCAAAGAAGAUCUUUUUUUUCUUACUGUUGUGAUGUGAUGUACACAGGAAGCAAACAAAACAGAUAACACACUGAACAGUAUUCUACAAUAGCCCAGUUAGAUGUCAGUUAAUGGAAUGUUUUAGAACUGUUUUCAUGACACCUUUGGACCUCCAUACACAAAUGUUUAAUAUUAUGUUGAAUAGCAGUUGAAAAUAUAUGUCAGCUUCAACGGAAGUUUAAUAGAAGCAAAGUAACAUUAUUUACAGAUGUACAAAUUGGCCAGAUAGUCAUUGAUAUGUGAUGCAUCACUCAUAAACAGCAGAAUAAUAUAAGUCUCAAAAAACAAUGCCCAAAAUAACAACAACAAACAACAAACUGCAUUGGAAAAAGAGAAAAAGUAGUUACAAUUAGAUCCACACUAGCACUAACUGACAAUUAAUUCUGACAUCAACGACUGAGUUAGUUUAUGGAAUAAACUACAGUGUUCAAAACAAUUAGGUUUGAGUGGAAAAACUUGCAAGCUUUCACCCACCUCUCAGCAGUGGUUGAAUACUAUCAGGACCUUGAUUUUGAUUUUGAUCCAAGUCCAUAUUCAUCUUAGGUUUUUUUGGUGAGGUGUUUCUGUUUUUUUGUCCACCCCUAUAUAUCAGCAUUGCUAUGCACAUUAGUUGCCUUUUAGGAAAUAAGAAUAUAAAUUUUUUUUAUAAAAAGUUGGUAUUGAUUUCAAAACAUCUACAGACUGUUUGCUUUUGUUGUGCUUUGAUCAUUAUGUGUGAAAUCUCCCUUUCUGGGACCUCAUUAUGCGAACCUUUGUAAACAUGGAUCAAAGAAAAGUUCAAAUAAAUUACAAAAUAUUAAGA